AUGUACGACUUCAAGUAUAAUCACGCUCUUCCCACUUCAGAUGUCCUUGCAGUGGAGGUUCCUGCCGACUGUGAUGCUCAAAAGUCAGCCGAGGGCAUCGUGGCCCUCCUCUCCGAGGCCAUGGGGACUGGCAAUGCGCGCGCAUUCACAGACUUGUUUUUAGAAUAUGGUGUCUGGCGCGACAAGUUAUCGUUCACCUGGGACUACCGCACCUUCAACUUCCAGCCCGCGAUCUUGAAGGCCGCCAGCGACCUCUUCCCCCAAACCAGGGCGUCUAAUUUCCAGUUCCUCACGCCGGAACCGACCAUUUCCCGACCAUACUCGGACUUCUCGCAGCUGCAGUUUAUAGUAUCCUUUGAAACAGGACUUGUUUUGGCAUCGGCUGUCAUCAACGCGGUGCUCACAAAGGAGGGCUGGAAGAUCUAUACCAUGCACACGGUUGCAGAAACCUUGAAGCAAUUCCCUGAGGUCCCUCCAGCUGAUGGCCAUAUGACUGGUCUCAUUGGUUGGGAGAAGCAGAGAGCCAAAGAUGUCGAUGCUGCUGAUCCGGAGGUUCUGAUUAUCGGCGGUGGCCAAAAUGGACUUGCGCUAGCUGCUCGAUGUAGGGCACUUGGUAUGAACAGUCUUAUUAUCGAGCGUAAUGAGUCUGUUGGUGAUAUCUGGAAGAAGCGUUACGAGUAUCUAUCGCUGCACUUCCCCCACUGGGCUGAUGACCUGCCAUAUGUCCCAUACCCUAAACAGUGGCCUACAUACACACCCGCCUACAAACAAGGCCUCUACAUGGAAUGGUACGCCUCAGCGCUAGAGCUGAACAUCUGGGCCAAAUCGUCAAUCGUCAAAGCCGAACAAGACGCCCAAAACAACUGGACCAUCGUGGUUAACAAAGAAGGCAAAGAAACCCGAACCCUGCACCCCAGCCAGGUAGUCAUGGCCACCUCCCUCUGUGGCGUCCCCAUGACGCCCAAUAUCCCCGGCAUGUCCGACUUCAAAGGCACAAUCCGCCACUCAACCACCCACGACAGCUCCCGCGACUUCAUCGGCAAAAAGGUCUGCGUAGUCGGCACCUCCUCCUCCGGAUUCGACACAGCCUUCGACUGUUCCCGGCGCGGAAUCGACGUAACCCUCCUCCAGCGCUCCCCAACCUACAUCAUGUCCCUCACGCACUCCGUCCCCCGCACAAUCGGCAACUACGCACCAGACGCCCACGGCAACAGACCCAGCCACGAGGAGCAAGACCGUCUCUUCUUCGCCACCCCCACAGGACCAGGCGAGGAACUCGCCCGGCGCAAUGCCAAAGCCCUAGAAGACCUCGACCGGCCGCUCCUGGACGCACUUCACGCCCGCGGUCUCCGCACCUGGCGCGGCCAGCGCGGCACAGGCGGCGCAACGCUCGGCCAGACGAGGAACGGCGGGUUCUAUUUCGAUGCUGGUGCGUGCGAGCACAUAAUCAACGGGAAAAUUAAGGUAGAACCGGGCUAUAUCGAGCGGUUCUCGUCCGACAGUAACAAGGUUCUCCUGAAUGGGGGUCGGGAGCGUGAAUUCGACCUCGUGGUUUUUGCGACAGGGUUCUCGAAUACGAUUGACUCGGUGCGUACGACGCUUGGAGAUAGCAUUGCGGACCGGUGUGGUCCGAUUUGGGGUAUUGAUGAAGAGGGCGAGUUCAAGACUGCGUAUCGUGAGACGGGCGUGGAGGGGCUUUGGCUUAUGGUGGGUUAUCUUCCGUAUACGCGGUUCCAUUCGAAGUUGCUUGCGAUGCGGUUGAAGGCGCUGAUGGAGGGUGUUUCGCCGGCGCCGUAUAAAGAGUAG